CCCAAGACCUCAUUUUUUUUUUUUAUUUCUCUCAUUUUUUUUAAGGUUUGCAAUCAGCGGUUUUUUGUGCUUUUCUUGAUACCAUUCGGAACACGCAGUUAAAGAUGGCGGGAAAAUUCGGAAAAAAAGGGCAUGACAGAUGGCUGGGAAAGUGGAUGACAGGGUCCAUCCCAGCCGUCUUUCUACCGGGCUUUUGUUCUCUGAUUUCUCUGUUUUCAGCAAUGCUUUUUUUUUUUUUUUUCAAGUUAUUACUCUCCUAUCUUACAAACAGUGUGUGGGUCGGGAGCAGGAAGAGCACUGUGGGCUUUGGUAUGGGAAAACACGGAGGCGGGAGCAAUUUUCAUUAAAACAUUUAUAAGAUAUGAUACCAAGUGAAACGAUGGUGUAUGAUGGUGUUACUCAUUUCUGUUUCAAGUGAUCUGUCGAUUUCCCCCUCAUCUCGGAGUUUCAGAUCGGCUCUGUUCACUUGCUUAGGUUUUGGAUCGUUCUAUAUACCUCGAUGAACAAGAUAUCCCCAAGACUUGAGAGUAGAGAAGAAUGCGAGAGUGUUGCUAUCAAA